AUGUUAAUUGGUAAGUGUGAAAUUGAUACUGGAACAUGGAAAUGCCAAGAGCUUUCUCUUAUACGAGCCGGAGAUACACGGUGGGGUUCUCAUUACAAAACCAUUUUGAGCUUGAUUGCUUUGUUUCCGAAUGUUGUUGAAGUGCUCCGGUAUGUUGAAGAGGACGGGGAAAAUGGUUUUAGUCGCACUCAAGCAACUGCUUUGAGUCCAUGCGAUUCAUUUUCGCAAUUCAGUGUAUCAGAUUUAUUGAAGUUGAGUGAGUUGUAUCCUCAAGAUUUUAGUCAUAURGAAARGAUCGCUCUUGAGAAACAACUUAACAUGUACUAUUUGAUUGUGCGUCAAGAUGAAAUAUUUGCCAAUCUGAGUGGUAUUGCCGAACUCUCUAGACUGCUAGUGGAAACAAAAAAGCAUCAAACUUAUCCUCUAGUAUAUCGGUUAUUGAAGUUGGCUUUGGUUUUGCCAGUUGCUACUGCAACAGUCGAAAGAUGUUUUUCUGCUAUGAAGAUUGUGAAGUCAGAUUUGCGCAACAAAAUCGGUGAUGAAUUUUUGAAUGCUGCAAUGAUAUGUACUAUAGAAAAAGAAGCACUUCUCGCAGUUUCAAAUGAUGAUGUAAUUACGCAAUUUCAAAAGAUGAAGAGUCGUAGGGCACAGUUGUAA